AUGAUACCCAGAGCCUCACAGUGUAUCCAGCACUGCACAGGGUGGGGGAGCAUGCAGACAGCAGGCUGGUGCCAGGACUGUGCCAAGCUGGGAGAGACUAACAUGCCCAGGAAACCCCUCAUUACCUGCUGGAGGCAGAAGACCCCCUCCUGGAUGUACCAGUCAUUGGCACUGUGUGCCCUGCUGGCUGUGGGAUGGUGUGCACCUUUUAACCAGGUACAGACAGGACAAUGAAUGCUGUCAGGGUCUGUGUAAUGGGGGGUUAGAUUGGCAGGGUCUGUGUAAUGGGGGGUUAGAUUGGCAGGGUCUGUGUCAUGGGGUUAGAUUGGCAGGGUCUGUGUAAUAGGGGUUAGGUUGGCAGGGUCUGUGUAAUGAGGGUUAGAUUGGCAGGGUCUGUGUAAUGGGGGGUUAGAUUAGCAGGGUCUGUGUCAUGGGGUUAGAUUGGCAGGGUCUGUAUAAUAGGGGUUAGAUUGGCAGGGUCUGUGUAAUGGGGGGGUUAGAUUAGCAGGGUCUGUGUCAUGGGGUUAGAUUGGCAGGGUCUGUAUAAUAGGGGUUAGAUUGGCAGGGUCUGUAUAAUAUGGGGUUAGAUUGGCAGGGUCUGUGUAAUGGGGGGUUAGAUUAGCAGGGUCUGUGUAAUAGGGGUUAGAUUGGCAGGGUCUGUGUAAUAGGGGUUAGAUUAGCAGGGUCUGUGUCAUGGGGUUAGAUUAGCAGGGUCUGUGUCAUGGGGUUAGAUUGGCAGGGUCUGUAUAAUAGGGGUUAGAUUGGCAGGGUCUGUGUCAUGGGGUUAGAUUGGCAGGAUCUGUGUAAUAGGGGUUAGAUUGGCAGGGUCUGUGUAAUAGGGGUUAGGUUGGCAGGGUCUGUGUAAUGGGGGUUAGGUUGGCGGGGUCUGUGUAAUGGGGGUUACGUUGGCGGGGUCUGUGUAAUGGGGGUUAGAUUGGCGGGGUCUGUGUAAUGGGGGUUAGAUUGGCGGGGUCUGUGUAAUAGGGGUUAGGUUGGCAGGGUCUGUGUCAUGGGGUUAGGUUGGCAGGGUCUGUGUCAUGGGGUUAGGUUGGCAGGGUCUGUGUAAUGGUGGUUAGGUUGGCAGGGUCUGUGUCAUGAGGGUUAGGUUGGCAGGGUCUGUGUAAUAGGGGUUAGGUUGGCAGGGUCUGUGUAAUAGGGGUUAGGUUGGCAGGGUCUGUGUAAUAGGGGUUAGGUUGGCAGGGUCUGUGUAAUGGUGGUUAGGUUGGCAGGGUCUGUGUCAUGGGGUUAGGUUGGCAGGGUCUGUGUAACGGGGGUUAGAUUGGCAGGGUCUGUGUAACGGGGGUUGGGGUGGCAGGGUCUAAUUUCCAGAUCCCUUUAGUUUUAGUGAGUGUGUGUAUGUAUGUAUGUAUGUAUGUAUGUAUUACUGGGUAUAUGGUUCGGGAUGUGUAUCACAGAGCUGUAUCUCGGUUAUAGAAAUACAAAUAUCUGAAAAGACACAAAAUACAAGCAGAUCCUGAAAAACGAAAGCUAUAGAGUGAGGGCGUAGAAUAUUUUAAAGCUAGGUGCUGGGUACGUGUUGAAUGAACAAAGGCUGCAGCCAGUCAUACUAUGAUGGAGACUGGUGGUGCAUUGGUUGGCAUGUGAUGACAUUUUAAUCCUAACACCUCUAUCUCACUCAUACCCCAGGUCUCCCCCGUGGUAACCAUGGAGCAGUUACUAUGGGUCAGUGGACGCGUGAUUGGUAAAGUAGACACGUUCCGUAUUCCAUUAAUUACUUACACCCCUCGUGGGCACCUCCUGGCAUUCUCUGAGGCACGAAAGUAUUCGUCUUCUGAUCUGGGUGCAAAAUUCAUCGCUACACGCCGUUCAAAGGAUGGAGGUGAGUGACAGACUGCCCAACAUUGCUUCAGCAUGCGACAAUCUAAUAAACUGAUACAUGGGGAUAGCCAGUCUAAUGUGUACCAAACAGGGAAAUGCUUUUACAAGCUCUUAUUGGACCUGUGUAUAUUUUACUGUUACGGUAUGGUUACAAAACAGAGCUAGGCAAGCCUGAAUUCAGCCAAAAUAAAAAUUAUAAUAAAGGUGUUCCACACAGUGUAACCAUUGCCUGGCUCUAUUAGAACCCUGAACAGUCCAUAUAAUUAGAUUUCUAGGAAUCUGAAGCCAUGUGUAUCCUCCGUACAGCCUGUGCGGUGUCUAGUUCACCAGUCGUCUGUAUUUGGAUUUGAAUAAAAAGCCUUUUCUGUUGGAUUUUUUAGUAAAAAAAAGUCUGUUAUUUUUGAGAUCUUUAUUUAAAAUAGAAACUCAUUCAGAUUUUGUUGGAAUUUAAAUGAAAUCACAUUACAACUUAAAUGUAUCACAAAUUAAGCCAUUACUUUUGUCUAAAGGACAAGCAGAUUUUAUUUUUUUGGACCAAAUGUGUCAGAAGCCCGAGCUUUAAGCAGCUUCCUUUUGCCACUUCUUCCCAUGAACCAAGACUCGCAAUGACUUAUGCCUGAUGCACAAUAGAUGCUUAUGGCUUCUUAUUAUAUGAGAAGAUCUGUGGGGGACAUUGCGAGUGCUAGAGUACACCGGUGAUGUGGCUCCUGUAGGCUUCUUCUACCAGGAUGGGAGGGUGGUGGAACUAACGAGGGAGAACUUCAGGCAAUAUAUCUCAGCUCCCACACUCCCAGUGGAAGCAAACAUGUUAUCUUGGGGAGGCUUUACAAAAAAUGUAGAAUCUCUAAACAUACCGUGAUACAUUAAACAGAAUGUCACGUGAAAUAAGAAGAGUUUGCUUAUUUUAACGCAAUGAAUAAAAUGAGAUAUUCCAGGUGAUAUUUAUUUUUAUUUCCAUAUGGCUAUUUUUCACUUGGAUAUUUUAAAGGAACACUAUAGGGUCAGGAACACAAAGGAACACGAACAUGUAUUCCUGACCCUAUAGUGUGAACACCACCAUCUAGACCCCCUGGGCCUCUCAUGCCUCCCUAAAUAUAGUAAAAAUCUUACUGUAUUCAAGCCUGAAACUGUAACUCUGCAUGCUGUUUGCCUAAAACAAACAAACCAAGCAGUCUGCUGACAUCAUCAGAAGUGGUAGCCUGAUCCAAUCACAAUGCUUCCCCAUAGGAUUGGCUGAGACUGACAAAGAGGCAGAUCAGGGGCAGAGCCAGCAUGAUUCAAACACAGCGCUGGCCAAUCAGCAUCUCCUUAUAUAGAUGAAUUGAAUCAAUGAAUCUCUAUGAGGAAAGUUCAGUGUCUGCAUGCAGAGGGAGGAGACACUGAAUGUUUGGAUGCAUUUUAGGCAGCCAUGACCCAGGAAGGAUCUCUAACAGCCAUCUAAGGAGUGGCCAGUGAAGUUAUCACUAGGCUGUAAUGUAAACACUGCAUUUUCUCUGAAAAGAAAGUGUUUACAGCAAAAAGCCUGAAGGUAAUGAUUCUACUCACCAGAACAAAUUCAAUAAGUUGUAGUUGUUCUGGUGACUAUAGUGUCGCUUUAAUAAGCUGACUGUAAAAUCAUAGUUACCUCCCUGAGUUGACACACCUUGCCGAAACAGGGAGUGCACAAGUAAACGUUCUGGACAGAGCUCAGGAAACGUUGAGCAUUAAUUAUACAGAAAUGGCCGCUCCCAUUACAGGGCUAAGUGAUGCUCGUUUUAUAAACAAUUCUGCUUUCUAUAUGUUUAUUUUUAAUGUAAACACAAUAAAACAUAUAAACAAGGCAUGGCUCAGACAUCAAUACCUCCCUUGUUAUUUUGAUUUUUGCAUGUUAGAAUCCACUUCAUUUUUUUUUUUUUUUUUUUUUUUUUUUUUUUUUUUUUUUUUUUUUACUCUCCCUCUUCUUUUGGUAAAGUCAUGAUUUUUUGUUAAAUGUUUAACUCUACAAUUCUUUUAGUUACAUUUUUCAUUAUUUGUAUUUACCAAUAUGUUAUUGAUAUGAUUAAACCAAUUUAUCAAAUUUAGCCAAAAUCGUAUUUGGAGAAUUUCUCAAGUGUAGUUAUUUUUCCAGCUUUGCACAAUUUGGGCCUCAAUAGUAAAUCCAUGCUGCUGCUCCCUAUCAAUCAUUGUUCUAAGCUCUGAUAUUUGCACUGUCAGUCUGCAGAGAGAGAGCAGAAGGAUUAGAAACUAACAGCAAUAUGUGAAGAAAGGUUAACAUAGGUACAUUUUAAUGUUUUAUUGAAUGGCGUAACUUUCAGGCAAGUGACAGUUCCUCUUUAAAUCUUGUCUUUCAAUUGUCCCUCAAAUAAAAAGGAAAUUUGGAAACUGCAGGAAGUUUAGUAACAUAUAUUGCUGCGUAGAAAGAGAUAAACCGAAAUUCUCAAAGUGGAAGGAAGAUGAAGCCUUUACGCUAACCCCCCAAACAGCGCACUAGCAGACACUGCGUUCUAGACAAUAAAAAUUGGGAGUGAGAUUUUCAUCUAAACAUGGAUUUUCUAAUCAGAAAAUAAAAUAAUGGAGAACUUCGUAACUUUGUUGGUAAAAUAAUUAUUUCUUGUAUACGUGUUAAUCCUUUUGCAAUAUUGUAAUUUCAUUUAUAUCUCCUUUUCAAAUAGCUCUAAACAAUCCUACAAUCGUGUAUCUUAUUUUAUGAAUCCUGGAAGGUUUAUUCUCUAUAGUAUCAAAUGUCGGAAUUCAGAAAGAAUUUCAUAUUUUAAGCAACCUAAAUAUUAGAAUUAUUACAAUGACUCCCAUUCAUUUUGUUUUUGGUUUGACUAUUUUAGUUUCACAUUUUAAUUCUUUGAAUGUUGGAAUUCAUUUUGAUUUCCCGGUAAUUUACACUUUUAUGAAUAACUCUGCAAUGUUCCUCUCUCCAACCAUAACGGCUGUUUUAGAGAAUUGUUUAAAGUUUCAUUAGAUUUACGGUUUGCCUAAAUCAUUGACCUUCGCAUUGAUAUUGGUACAUUGGUACAUUGAUAUACCUCACAGUGAAUGAUGAGAGUUUAUCACUUCCUCCUGCUUUGUACUGAGGAUUCAGAAUGACUCGUGACUGGUUUCCUUGGUCAGAGACCUUGAUCUUUCCAUGUAAAGCCGGAUUCGUAAUGGCAAGGCCUCAGGGAGCUUAGACACAGAGCUAGGAUUUCCACAAAACCUCAAAAGAUUUUCUCACCUGCCAGCAAGCGCUUUUAUUGUAAAUAAAACUUAAACCAGUUAUGCUACGUUCCGGAGACUGCUGCUUGUUGAGCAUUGUGUAUACAAUGAGCUAAAUGCUAUCAAAACAUCUGUGUUUCUGUAUCGCAUUACAAGCGACUCAAAGCUUGAACGCCGGGUUUGGGAUGAUAGCCUCUCAGGGUCAGUGUUUGAAACGCCAAGUAAUCGCCAUGGAAACUAAUCAAAUAUUCAUGGAAUUUUCGAAUAUUUAUUUCUGCUAUGCCUAACCUGCCGUGUGUCAUCAGAAUUAAUGUACUAGUCCUACACCCGUUGAUUAAUUAAAGGAAAACUAUAGUCAUCAAAACAACUUUAGUUCAAUGAAGCAGUUGUGGUGUAUAGAUCAUGCAUCUGACAUUUCGCUGCUCAAUUCUCUGCCAUUUAGGAGGUAAAUCACUUUUGUUUCUGUUUAUGCAACCCUAGCCACAACUCUCCUGGCUGUGACUGACACAGCCUGUAUUAAAACAAAAUGUUUUUACUUUCAACCAGAUGUAACUUACUUUUAGUUUUAUUUUUUUUCUCCUUCUCUGUAAAAUGAACUUUAAUUGUAUACAUUAGGUUCCUGCAGGGUCUAGCAAGCUAUUAACUGAGCAAUUUGUAAUAAAGAAAGUGUAAACACUAGAGGACUCUUUACAGGAAGUGUUUAGAAUGCUGUGUGAGUCAUUUGCAGGAAGGCGUGACUAGGGCUGCAUAAACAAAGUGAUUUAAAGGACCACUCCACUCUUCCAACCCCCCCCCCCAAAAAAAAAACCCUACAGUUUAGUAGAUAUACCCCCAAUGAAUACAUACAUGCAUGCAUGUUUUCAUUGGGGGUAUAGCCUAAAAUAGAUUUACAAAAGCUGCAGUUCUUGUGACGGCAGCCUUUGUAAGCCCUCCCCCUUUCUCGUUGAGAAGCCUCUGACUUGGUCCACAUGUGCACGCGCGAACAGACUCUCACGUGCAUGUGUGCCGGCUCGUGCGUGCCCGCUGCUUGUGCACUACUGAAGCAGGUCUGAGUUCUGUUAGGGUGGGAGGGGGAGGCCGGCACACUCAAGUAGAGCGUGCCUGCCACUUCCGUUAGCUCAGGGGUGCUAAUGGAAGUAGGAAGGAAUUCUUCCUGGCUGUUUGACAGCCUGGGUGGAGUUCCUUAGUUAAUUUAUAAAAGUGCUGAUUUCUCAUAGAAAUCAGCACUUUUAUAAACUGGGGUUAAAUGCUCCUCCCCUACAAAGCAAGCUGAAGUGCUUUUUGGGUUGUGGAAUAGUCCUUUAACUCCUAAAUGGCACAAAAGUACAUUGAGACUACAGAUGCAUGGUCUACACACCAAAACUGCUUCAUUAAACUAAAGUUGUUUUGGUGACUAUAGUGUCCCUUUUAAUUUCAUUUAAUCUGCCUUACUUACAAGGGUUUUUUUCAGGAGCAGCACUCGGAAUUUCCGGUCUAAAGUCACUGAUAUUUCUUCAUUUUUCCAUUGAUCCUCAUGCUACAUUCAGCCUCCCCGCUGGUGGGCAUUCUACCAGAUUUACCUUAAGCUUUUUGUCAGGCCAGUAACAGCAGAUAGCUGUGUGCUAACCCUCAGCUCAAGCAUUGUGCUAAUGUUAGAUUCUAUCUGUGUGCUGACACUUGAUUGUACACUCUAGUUUUUUUUUUUUUUUUCCUACUAGCAAUUGUGUUUAAUUUGUAAUUUAAUAAUAUGUUAAUUUACUUCCACUGUAGGCUACACUUGGAGUGCAACGUCCUUCAUUGUGGAUGAUGGAUCUUCACCCGAUGGCCUCAAUUUGGGGGCUGUGGUUGUGGAUGAUGAGAAAAAGAACAUGUUUUUGAUCUACACACUUUGUGCCCACUACCACCACUGCUCCACCUCAAGCGUCAUGAUUACAAACAGCUCGGAUGAUGGUCUAACGUGGAGCACCCCCAAAAACCUUUCUGUGGAGAUUGGAACCACCAUGUUUGCACCUGGGCCAGGGUAUGGAGUCCAGGUGGGGAAAGAAAGAAUGCUAAUCUGCAUGGCAGUAAUCCAUAUAUCUAAAAAAAAAUAAUAAUAAUAAUAAUAAUAAAAAAUUUUUAUUUAUAUAUAUAUAUAUAUAUAUAUAUAUAUAUAUAUAUAUAUAUAUAUAUAUAUAUAUAUAUAUAUAUAUAUAUAUAUAUAUAUAUUUAUUACAUUUCUCUCUUUACUUUAUACAGAAAAGGUUUUCACCCAAGAAAGGACGUCUGAUUGUAUGUGGUCACGGGACGCUAAAUGAAGAUGGGAUUUUCUGUCUGCUCAGUGAUGACCAUGGGCUUCACUGGAAAAAGGGUGGAAGCUUGCAAGGGCUACCCUUUAAUCAACCAAAAAAGAUGGGCGACUUCAACCCAGACGAGUGUCAGGUGAGGGGUGUUUUGGUUUCUGCUAGAGCAAUCGCAAUACCGUCCGUGCAUGCAGAGCAGGGUUUCCCACAAUGCACCAUGAGCUGCUAGUUGAGAUACACAUUAGUUUAGUUGAGCUACGGAAGACAAGAGGGCAGGGGUAAAUGUUGGUCAUUUGCAAACCAAACGUACCUCUCUAGAUCAAUUAAAUCAAAGCAAAAAAACGCUAAGUCUGAAUAAGAUCUUUCAUUUUCUACAUCAUCUGUGUUUGUGCAGAUUGGUUUGCCUGUACAUUGGUCACACCUUAUUGGUAAAUUCCUUUCCAUGAAAGGUCACCUGAUCAGUCUUGGCCGCAUGCACAUUCAAGCAGAGGGCUUUUCUCAAUCUGAGUCUGGAUCCCAUUGCCAUAAGAAUACCCCAGGCAAAUAAAUAGCGAUUUCCUCAUAGACCUUUAAAGGCAUCUCUGUAACCGUGAUUACCGCUUUGACAUUGAUUUCUAUAAUCUAAUAUUUAAAGGGACACUAUAGUCACCAGAACAACUACAGCUUAUUGAAUUUGUUCUGGUGAGUAGAAUCAUUCCCUUCAGACUUUUUGCUGUAAACACUGUCCUUUCAGAGAAAAUGCAGUGUUUACAUUACAGCCUAGUGAUAACUUCACUGGCCACUCCUCGGGUGGCUGUUAGAGAUCCUUCCUGGGUCAUGGCUGCCUAAAAUGCAUCCAAACAUUCAGUAUCUCCUCCCUCUGCAUGCAGACACUGAACUUUCCUCAUAGAGAUUCAUUGAUUCAAUUCAUAGAGAAUAAAGAAAAAAAUGCCAUUCUACCUGUGUAUGAUUUGCUGAGACGAUUAUAGUAAAUCAUACACAGGUAGAAUGGGAUUUUUUUCUUUUAUUUUGUUUAUUCUCUAUGAUAUUCACCAUUUAGGGGUUACCCCCCCUUUAUUUGUGCCCCCUACCUUGUGAUAUCUAAAUUUUGGCCCUAGGUUAAUUUUUAUUUUUAUUUUUUUUGUAUAUUGAUUCAAUUCAUCUCUAUGAGGAGAUGCUGAUUAGCCAGGGCUGUGUUUGAAUCAUGCUGGCUCUGCCCCUGAUAAGCCUCUUUGUCAGUCUCAGCCAAUCCUAUGGGGAAGCACUGUGAGUGGAUCAGGCUACCACUUCUGAUGAUGUCAGCAGACUGCUUGUUUUUCUGAGUCCAACAGCAUGCAGAGUUACAGCUUCAGGCUUGAAUACAGUAAGAUUGUGCUAUAUUUAUUGAGGCAUGAGGGGCCCAGGGGGGGCUAGAUGGUGGUUUUAACACUAUAGGGUCAGGAAUACGUGUGUGUGUGUGUGUGUGUGUGUGUUCCUGACCCUAUUGUGAUCCUUUAAAUAAAUGCCUUUUUCAUUGUUUACUGACGUGUGUGUGUGUGUGUGUGUGUGUAUAUUUUCAGUUUAAUGCCUAUGUUUGUAAAUGCCAUAUGGAGUUAAAACUCAUCUUUGGCACUGUACUUGUGGAUCUCAUUUCCCAUGGGCUUUUAGCCUGGCCUCUAUCCUUAGAAACGCAAUGUCAGUCUUAGCCAUCCGUUUAUUACAGAAUAGCUCUGAUAUUCCUGUAGUUUGUAUCAGGGCCCAGAUGCUGCAUGGUGCUGGUUGCAAUCUAUGAAUAGCAUAGUCUAAACCCAACGCAUUUCAUCCACUGCACGGUCUCUUUAACAGGACAAAUCCUGAAAGGCAUCAAAACAGCUGAACACAUUAGAAAGUGAUUUUACUCUGUGCUGCUCUUUAAAACGUCUUGUAACUGAGUUUGCUAUAUUGGUCCACACCAGCAGUGGCCAAACAGUAGAAUCAACACUGUUGAACUACAAUUCCCAUGAGGCUUGUAAUUCUACAGAUAAAACGAUUUGUUUCAGCCAGUGCAGCUCUGCUCAACACUAUAUUGUAAAAUAAUGUGGGAAAACGUUUUGAGACUUUGUUCAAUGUGUUGAAACUUACUUCAUUUACAGUUUCCUCAGUCCCAUUUCUUUCUUCUUCUGUCAUAAAUAAAUAACGUUUUAUUUUUUAAUUCCAUUUCAUCCUACACAGCCGUACGAACUCCCAGAUGGCUCCGUGAUAAUUAACGCUCGGAACCAGUACUACUAUCAUUGCCGCUGCCGGAUUGUGGUGACAUCCAUCGAUGGCUGCGAUUCCCUUCCUCUGGAGAGCGUUCGCUUUGAUGAGGGUCUGCCGGAUCCUGCUGUGGCCGCAGGAGCGCUAUAUAAAAGAGGAGUGGUCUAUUUUACGAAUCCAGCGAAUCAGUUGCACCGUGAGUUUCCUCUAGGAAUUCGCCCUCCAUUCUUUACCAUCUUGGCUCAAUGUCCUCCUUUCACUUCCCCCUCUGUCACCAAUUAUCUGUCUCUCUGCUCUUCCCGUCGCAGUCUCCUUGCAGAGGUUGGUUUUACACUUCUGACAACCCGACCUCUAGUCCGCCCACACUCCUCCCUGGUUUUCAUUAAUAUCCAUUGCCUCCAUGAUGCUGACACACUAGCUACGUUGCCAGCUUCUGAACAGGGUGACGUCAUGUUACUCCAUUCCUAUACUCCUUAGGAACCACAGCUGGAGAUCAGAGGGACAUUCUGUGGGAGGGCUCUUCUGCUCUCCCUGGCUCUCAAUUCCUCUGCAUUCAGUGCCUGCCGAGGAAUUGAGACAGAUGGGAGAAAACUAUUUUGAAUUAGUUUUUUCUCUAAAUCUAUACAUUUGCUAACACAAUGUAUAGAUGGAAUUUCAAAGUCUUUUAAAAUUGAGCUGCGUUUCUUUUUUCCAGUGACCGAUUCCCUUAAACUCUCCUUCAUUUCUUUCUGUCCCUUCUACCAGGUGUUAAUCUGACCCUGCGAUGGAGCUUUGACUCUGGAGACUCGUGGGAAAAAAACGCUGUCCAAAUCUGGCCUGGUCCCAGUGGAUACUCAUCGCUCACCUCCCUCUUUGGCCAUGUGGAAGACAAUGAAAACAUUUAUGUUGUCUAUGAAAAGGGCAGAAAGGAUAUAACCGAGUCCAUCGCUGUUGUGAAAAUAAACCUUUUUGGGAAUUUAUGA